AAAAAAAUGCAAUAGGAUUAGGCCGAAUAGCAUGUUUACAAACUCCUUUCCUGUUUAAAAAAUCACAGCAUAAACAAAACAUGGCUAGCAAAACGUCAACGUCAAACUCGGGCGCUCGGCCGCUGGCGGCGGUCACGGAAACUUUGUUUUGAAUUAAAAUGUUCAAAUUACCGUUAAGAAAAUUGUAUUUUCUAGUGAAGCUAUGUUUUCUAUUCGUGAUAGUUUUAGUUACUUUGAGUUUAUUCGAAUACUGGCGCGGAGGAAGACGCGCUACGCGAGCGGUUAUACUGGACCCCGAGGAGGAUCUUUACGAGAGGCAGAUCCUUGAGGAUGAGGCUCGGAUAAUCCCUGGCUUGGGCGAGGGGGGCAAGCCUGCGUACCUCACCGGCGAGGACAAGCGCUUGGGAGAAGAAACGGAGAAGAAAUACGCCGUUAACACUUACUUGAGCGAUCGCAUCGCCUACAACAGAACUUUAAAAGAUUUCCGUAACCCGGCGUGCGAGCGCGUGACGUACGACGCGGAGCUGCCCUCCGCCUCCGUCAUCAUCAUCUUCCACAACGAGCCGUACUCCGUCGUCAUCAGAACCAUAUGGAGCGUCCUCAACACGGCGCGGCGCGACCAGCCGUGGCAUCGCCGCGCCAACUACCUGGAGCGCGGCACGGGGCGCAUCAUGAAACUCGGUUACCCCGGUCAACCCGAGGACUCGGAGCACGUGUACCUGAAGGAGAUCAUCCUAGUGGACGACAACUCCACCCUCCCCGAGCUGCGCGGCAAGCUCGCGCGCUACAUCGGCACCAGGCUGCCCCCCGACAUGGUCCGCGUGCUGCGCCUCCCUGACAGGAUAGGGCUGACGCGCGCGCGGCUGGCGGGCGCGCGCUACGCCGCCGGCGACGUGCUGAUCUUCCUGGACUCGCACUGCGAAGGCGUCGCCGACUGGAUGCGGCCCAUGCUGCAGCGACUCAAGGACGCGCCCACGGCCGUCGUCAUGCCCAUCAUAGACGUGAUCGACCACAACGACUUCCUAUAUAGCGUGCAGAGCCCCGCCUUCUUUCAGGUGGGCGGGUUCACGUUCGUGGGGCACUUCACGUGGAUCGACGUCCCGGAGCGGGAGAAGAAGCGGCGCGGCUCCGACAUCGCCCCCACCUGGUCGCCGACGAUGGCGGGCGGGCUGUUCGCGAUCCGGCGGGAGUACUACUGGGAGCUGGGGGCCUACGACGAGCAGAUGGCCGGCUGGGGCGGCGAGAACCUCGAGAUGAGCUUCCGCAUCUGGCAGUGUGGCGGCACCUUAGAAACGAUCCCUUGCUCCCGUGUCGGGCACGUGUUCCGUGCCUUCCACCCUUACGGCCUGCCGGCCACCAGCGACACGCACGGAAUCAAUACAGCGCGUAUGGCGGAAGUGUGGAUGGAUGACUACGCGGAGUUGUUCUACCUGCACCGGCCUGAUCUACGAAAAAGUCCAAAAAUCGGCGACGUCACCCAUCGCAAGGUCCUUCGAGAGAAGCUCCACUGCAAGAGCUUCCAAUGGUACCUCGACAACGUCUACCAGGAGAAGUACGUGCCCGUGCGCGACUCGCAGGCCUACGGCAGAGUUUCUAACGCGGCAACGAACCUAUGCCUCGACUCGAUGCAGCGCGAGGGAGAGGGCACGCCGCUCGGCUUCUAUCCUUGUCACGUCAGGAUGACCGACACGCAGUUCCUGACUCUGUCACACGCGGGGCACCUGAGAGACGAGGAGAGAUGCGCAGAGAUACAGUUCAGGAGGGACGCGCACCUCUCGGGGGAGGACGAGAGCGCCGCGCGGGUCGUCGUCAUGGUCGCCUGCCGGGACAAACCUGCUCAUAACAAAAUGCGGUGGCGCCACAUAGCCGCCACGGGGCAGCUGCAGCACCUGGACAGCGGGCUGUGCGUGGACGCGCGCGGCGCGCAAGCCGGCGACGACGUGCGCGCGCGCCCCUGCGCGCCCGGCGACACGCCCUCGCAGAGGUGGGCCUUCGACUAUGGUGGAGAGAAUUCACAUCCUGGUGUGCUGCCUGCAGAGUUAGAGCAGCGUCUCAACAAAAUAAAGGCACGCAGCGGCCGCAAGUCGCGCUCGCUGCUGGCCGAGUCCGCGGAGGAGGGCGAGGAGGCGCGGCCGGCCCCCCCUCCCCCUCCCCCCGCGCGCCGCCGCCGCACCAAGAGGAAACAGAAGCGGAGCCACAAGAACAAGUUCAUCGUGACGGUGGAGCGGACCCUGAGGAACAACAGCGUGGAGCACCUGGAGAUGGACAUCCACUGCAAGCACCGCCGGCUGUACCCCAACAACAGCUUCGUCAGGGACCUCGUCACCAUCCUCAACGACAAGGAUAUACGGGUGAUAAACAACGGGCGCGUGUUCGAGAAGAACAAGGUCACUGAACUCAAGGAGCACCCGCACUACAAGGAGCGCGCCCGGACCUCCACGGAGCCCGACAAGGGAUCGCCGGAAGCCACCGCAAAGCCGUGGACGAGCACGCCCCCCGCGCCGCUGAGCACGCACCACGCGGACCUGGACGACGACGUCGCUGUGCCCACUACAGAGUUCACCAAGCCAAAGAAGCGGCACCACAAGAAACGCUUCCAGAAGCGCGCGAAGGAGCGCCUCGAGCACUCGCUGCUGCUCGACGACACCGCAGACCAAGUGGCUAUCGGCGGCUUUAACCACACGGGCGCGAAGCUGCGGACCGCCGGGCGCUCCGGCGCUGAAUCCCAGGAAGAGCCAGACACACACGGAGAGACGCACCGCCCGUGGCCUCCGAGCGAGCUAGAGUUUUACGUGAACACCACGCCCCCCGACAGCGUCGAGAUACAUCUCACACACGCCGACAUAACGAGGGACAAGGACAAGCGGGGAGACAGAGACGACAGGGACAAGGACAACAAGGACAGCACACACAAGGACGACAACAACAGGGACACCAACAAGGCGCGCUCGGAGGCCAUCGCGCGGCACGUGGCCGUGUACGAGUUCAAGAAGGACACCGAGGAACAGCAGCGCAAGGAGCGGCACGGGGGGAAGGCCAGGGCGCAGAUGCUGAGCGAGAAACAAGGCAAAACGUUGGAAGAGAACCACUCGUGGCCCCCCUCGCGCCCCUCCUCGGGCCCCCGCGCCCCGGGCGAGCGCUGGGCGCCCGCGCCCGACACGGAGCCCUGGGGGCCGCGCGGGGACGCCGCCGGACACGUCGACGCGGCCUCGCCUGAUGCGCUGGUGGACACCAGGUAA